AUGACAAGAUCUUUACAAGAUAAAUUAAUUGAUUUGAACUCUGAGAUUGAGAGAACUUGUCGUACUAACCGUAAAAAUCAAAAGCACCGUAAAAUUAGGGAUAGUGUGAUCUCUGAAAUUUUGUCUGAAUUGAUUGAUAGCAUUAUUAGUGAUUCUAAAUCUGACUUAGACUCUACAGUUAAGUUGGAAAAUAUGGCUGAAAAUAAUAAUGGAGAGGACCCGAAUAGGCACUUGAAGGAAUUUCAUAUUGUGUGCUCCACCAUGAAGCCUCAAGGAGUUUCAGAAGAGCAAAUCAAAUUGAGGGCUUUUCCUUUUUCAUUGGAUGGAGUGGCAAAAGAUUGGUUGUAUUACUUGCAACCAGGUGCCAUUACAUCUUGGGAUCAAAUGACACAGUUAUUCUUAGAAAAAUUCUUCCCUGCCUCUCGCACAGCUGCAAUUAAAAAGGAUAUUUGUGGGAUUCGUCAGAUGACUGGGGAGACAUUUCAUGAAUAUUGGGAGAGAUUUAAGAAAUUAUGUGCCAGCUGCCCUCACCAUCAAAUACCUGAUCAGCAGCUGGUUCAACAUUUUUAUGAAGGUCUCUUACCAACAGAUAGGUGGUUUGUUGAUGCCGCAGCUGGUGGUGCUUUGGUAGAACUUACUCCAACUGAUGCCAUGAAUCUCAUUUCUAAGAUGGCACAAAAUUCUCAACAAUUUGGGACACGAGCUAACCAAGCAGUUAAGGGGGUGAAUGAGAUUCCAACACCACAAUAUGAUCCUAAAUUUGAGAACAAGAUGGAGGAGCUCUCUAGCAUGGUUCGGCACAUUGCCUUAACACAACAAAAAUUAAUGAAUUCACCAGCAGUGCCAACUUUUCCACAGGCGUAUCCCUCACAGACGUGUGCACAACCUCAAUUUUAUAAUCCUCAGCAAGCUACCACAUCUUCUGCCUUAGUUGGGCCUCUAUGUGGCAUCUGUUUUUUAGCCACACACACUACUGAUCAAUGCCCACAGUUGGAUGAUAGAGUUGAGAAUUGUGCUGGGAUUUUUCCAACUAGAUCUAUGCAACAGGGCCAAAAAUAUGAUCCUUUCUCUAACACUUAUAAUCCAGGGUGGAGAGAUCACCCUAAUUUCAGAUAUGGAGGAAGCCAACAACAACAAUAUAAUGCUACAGGUCAAAAUUCACAGCCUAUGCAACCAAUGAGGCAAUCUACUCCUAUUUCAGGGUCUAAAAAUGAUGGACCAAGUCUAGAAGAGUUAAUGAAGCAAAUGGCAACUAAUAACAUUCAAUUUCAACAACGCACUGAGACAGUAAUCCAAAAAUUGGAGAAUCAAAUUGGGCAGUUGUCCACCUCCGUUAAUGAAUUGAAGAGUCAAGGUUCUGGAAAGUUGCCUUCUCAAACAGUUGUAAAUCCUAAUUGUAGUAAUGUUAGUGCUAUCACUCUUAGAAGUGGAAAGGAGCUUCCAGAGCCCUCCACAACAUCUAUCAAGAAUAAGUCGGCUGCAGCAACACAAGUCACACUUGAGGAGGCUAAUGAAGAAAAGGAACCAAGGAAGAUCCUUCCAUUUCCAAAUAGGGAGACUCAAAGCAAGAAGUUAAAGGAAGCUGAAUUGGAGAAAGAAGUGCUUGAUGUUUUCAAGAAGGUUGAAGUCAAUAUUCCCCUUUUGGAGGCAGUAAAGCAAAUUCCUAAAUAUGCAAAGUUCUUGAAAGACCUAUGCACGAACAAGAGAAGAUUCAAAGCUAACGAGAAGGUCAAUCUAGGAAGAAGUGUAUCAGCUUUAUUUCAUGAAGGAAUGCAGUGCCAACCCCCUAUGCCCUUAAAAUGCAAAGAUCCAGGGAGUUUCACUAUACCCUGUACUAUAGGAAAUUUAGAAUUUUCUAACGCUUUGAUUGAUCUUGGUGCAGCGAUAAAUGUUAUGCCCAAGUCUCUAUUUUCUUCUUUGCAGGGUUGUGAGAUGAAGCCAGCCGGGAUUAUUGUCCAAUUAGCAGACAGGAGACUUGCCUAUCCUAGUGGUAUGCUUGAAGACAUUCUAGUUAAGGUAAAAGAUUUAGUCUUUCCUGCUGAUUUUUAUAUUUUGGAUAUGGGUAAAAAUGAUAGUCAUGGGCCACCACCACUGAUUUUGGGUAGGCCAUUUCUUAAGACAGCUAAUACUAUCAUUAAUGUUAAAGAUAGUACUCUUUCCAUGGAAUUUGCAGGACGUGUUGUUCAAUUUAAUCUUUUAGAGGCUAUGAAACAUCCUAUAGAGGAUCAUUCUGUUAUUAAUGUGAGCAUGCUUGAUAUGUUAAUUGAUGAUACAUAUGAUGAGCUUUACAAUGAGAUGGUUUCUAGUUCUCUUGAGAUUGUUGAUUUAGAUAGCAAUACACAUUGUUCUGACUCUAUUAUUUAUGAAGAUUCUUCUGACUGUUCUGGUUCUGAUGAUAUUGUUGAGUUAUUCAAAUCCAUGCAUGAUAUUGGCAUUGAAACUUCUAGUGACUCUGAUAUGAUUGCUUCUGACUCUGAAAGAACUAUAGACUUUGCUAUCAACUCUAUGUCAUGUAAUUCUAUUAAUAAUGAUAAUUCUAGUAUUCUAGAACAAGAUACUGCUGCUUCUUUUGAUGGAAUGCAGGUUUGUGGAGUUGAUGAGCUAACUAUCGAUAAGCUAGUUCCCUCUAUUCAGCAGCCACCUAUACUUGAAUUGAAAGAUCUACCAGAACAUUUGAAAUAUGCAUUCUUAGAUGAAGGUAAGAAAUUACCGAUUAUUAUAGCAAAGGAUUCUGAUCCUUGCCAAGAGGUAAAAUUGUUAGAGGUACUGAGAAAGCACAAGAAAGCUAUAGGAUGGACACUAGCUGACAUUCCAGGCAUCAGUCCAGAUAUAUGCAUGCAUAGGAUCUUAAUGGAAGACGGUGCAAAGCCAUGUAGGCAACCUCAAAGGAGGCUUAACCCACUUAUCAUUGAUGUGGUCAAAAAGGAGGUAACAAAACUUCUUUCUGCAGGUAUCAUUUACCCUAUUUCUGAUAGCCAGUGGGUGAGUCCAGUACAGGUAGUGCCAAAGAAGAGCGGGAUCACAGUUGUAAAGAAUGAAAAGAACGAGUUGAUUCCUAUGAGAGUGCAAAAUAGCUGGAGGAUGUGCAUCGACUACAGGAAGCUAAAUAAUGCAACCAGGAAGGAUCACUUCCCUUUACCUUUUAUUGAUCAAAUGCUAGAGAAAUUAGCAGGCAAAUCUCACUACUGUUUUCUAGAUGGUUUUUCAGGUUAUUUUCAGAUUUGCAUAGCUCCAGAGGACCAAGAGAAGACAACAUUCACAUGUCCAUUUGGCACAUUUGCUUAUAGGAGGAUGCCAUUUGGAUUAUGCAAUGCCCCAGCCACAUUCCAGAGAUGCAUGAUGAGUAUUUUUGCAGAUUUGCUAGACUAUUGCAUAGAGGUUUUUAUGGAUGAUUUUACUGUAUAUGGAGAUUCAUUUGAUGAGUGUCUAGUAAAUUUAGAUAAAGUACUUGAGCGAUGUAUUGAGAAAAAUCUUGUAUUAAACUUUGAAAAGUGUCAUUUCAUGGUUAGACAAGGUAUUGUAUUGGGUCAUGUUGUUUCUGAGAGGGGGAUAGAAGUUGAUAAGGCUAAGGUAGAUGUGAUUACUUCUUUACCUUAUCCUACUAGUGUUAGAGAGGUCCGUUCUUUCCUUGGACAUGCAGGAUUUUACAGGAGGUUUAUACAGGAUUUUAGCAAGAUAGCCUUACCACUCUCAAGAUUGCUGCAGAAAGAUGUGGAUUUCAAAUUUGAUAAAGCUUGUGAGCAAGCAUUUGAUGAGUUAAAGAAGAGAUUGACCACUCCACCAAUCAUUCAACCGCCAAAUUGGGAUUUACCUUUUGAAUUAUUAUGUGAUGCUUCUAAUUAUGCUCUUGGCGCAGUACUUUCACAAAAAGUUGAUAAGAAAUCACAUGUCAUAGCUUAUGCUUCCAGAACUUUAGAUGCAGCCCAAGCCAAUUAUACUACCACUGAAAAGGAGCUUUUAGCUAUUGUUUUUGCAUUAGAUAAGUUUAGAUCAUAUCUUUUGAAUGCAAAAGUUGUUGUGUUUUCUGAUCAUGCAGCAUUAAAGUAUCUCUUAAGGAAGCCAAAUGCAAAGCCACGAUUAGUCAGAUGGAUGCUCUUGCUACAGGAGUUUAACUUAGAGAUAAAGGAUAAGAGUGGAGCUGAGAUUGUCGCAGACCAUUUGAGUCGCAUUGAAUCUCCUAUGGUUCCUUCUAUUCCUAUUGAUGAUAAUUUUCCUGAUGAAUGCUUAUAUGCUAUGCAUGAUGUUACUCCUUGGUAUGCUGACUUAGUUAAUUACUUAGCUGCCUCUGCAUUGCCUGUGCAUUUAAAGAAACAUCAAUUAGAUAAGUUCAAGAGGGAAGCUAGAUAUUACAUAUGGGAUGAUCCAUACCUUUGGCGCAUAUGUAGUGACCAGAUUAUUAGGAGAUGUAUUCCUGACAUUGAGUUUGAAUCCAUAUUGCAUUUUUGUCACACACUUGCUUGUGGAGGACACUUUGGUCCACAACGCACUGCUAGAAAGGUUCUUGAUUCUGGAUUGUACUGGCCUACUCUAUUUCGUGAUGCAUAUACAUUUUGUAAACAUUGUGCUAGAUGUCAGCAUACAGGAAAUAUCUCCCGUAGAAAUGAGAUGCCUCAACAACCUUUACUUUUCUGUGAAAUAUUUGAUGUAUGGGGUAUUGAUUUCAUGGGACCUUUUCCUGUUUCAUUUGGAUUUGCUUACAUUUUACUAGCUGUGGAUUAUGUUUCUAAGUGGGUGGAAGCUAAAGCCACCAGAACUGAUGACUCUAUUGCUGUUGUAGAUUUUGUUAGAUCACAUAUCUUUUGCAGGUUUGGUAUUCCAAAGGCCAUUAUCAGUGACCAAGGGACCCAUUUUCGUAAUCGGAGCAUGCAGAGUUUAUUGGGUAAGUAUGGGGUCGUGCAUAAGAUGGCUACCCCUUAUCACCCCCAAACUAAUGGGCAAGCUGAAGUCUCGAAUCGAGAGAUAAAGCAGAUUCUUGAAAAAACAGUGCAACCUAAUAGGAAAGACUGGAGUAAGAGACUUGAUGAUGCAUUGUGGGCAUACAGAACUGCCUACAAGACUCCAAUCGGAAUGUCUCCUUAUCGGCUUGUUUUUGGGAAAGCUUGUCACUUACCUGUGGAGAUUGAGCAUAAAGCUUAUUGGGCAGUAAAGCAGUGCAAUAUGGAUUUAACUAAAGCAGGAGCCCAAAGAAAAUAUCAAUUGCAAGAGCUUGAAGAAUUUCGCUUGGAAGCAUAUGAAAAUUCAAGAAUCUACAAGGAAAAGACCAAGUUAAUACAUGAUAAGCUGAUAGUUAGAAAAGAGUUCAAGGUGGGACAAAAAGUGUUACUCUAUAAUGCCAGAUUGAAACUUAUGCCAGGAAAACUUCGUUCUAGAUGGGAAGGUCCUUUUAUAGUUACUAAAGUGUUUUCUUAUGGUGGAGUAGAGAUUAUGGCAGAAUCUACUGGAGCAAAGUUUAAAGUUAACGGGCAUCGGUUAAAGCAUUUUUAUGAUGGAUUUGAGACACACAUUGUGGAGGAGUCUUCCCUCCAAGAUAACUUAAUCGAUCAGUGCAUGACAAGAUCUUUACAAGAUAAAUUAAUUGAUUUGAACUCUGAGAUUGAGAGAACUUGUCGUACUAACCGUAAAAAUCAAAAGCACCGUAAAAUUAGGGAUAGUGUGAUCUCUGAAAUUUUGUCUGAAUUGAUUGAUAGCAUUAUUAGUGAUUCUAAAUCUGACUUAGACUCUACAGUUAAGUUGGAAAAUAUGGCUGAAAAUAAUAAUGGAGAGGACCCGAAUAGGCACUUGAAGGAAUUUCAUAUUGUGUGCUCCACCAUGAAGCCUCAAGGAGUUUCAGAAGAGCAAAUCAAAUUGAGGGCUUUUCCUUUUUCAUUGGAUGGAGUGGCAAAAGAUUGGUUGUAUUACUUGCAACCAGGUGCCAUUACAUCUUGGGAUCAAAUGACACAGUUAUUCUUAGAAAAAUUCUUCCCUGCCUCUCGCACAGCUGCAAUUAAAAAGGAUAUUUGUGGGAUUCGUCAGAUGACUGGGGAGACAUUUCAUGAAUAUUGGGAGAGAUUUAAGAAAUUAUGUGCCAGCUGCCCUCACCAUCAAAUACCUGAUCAGCAGCUGGUUCAACAUUUUUAUGAAGGUCUCUUACCAACAGAUAGGUGGUUUGUUGAUGCCGCAGCUGGUGGUGCUUUGGUAGAACUUACUCCAACUGAUGCCAUGAAUCUCAUUUCUAAGAUGGCACAAAAUUCUCAACAAUUUGGGACACGAGCUAACCAAGCAGUUAAGGGGGUGAAUGAGAUUCCAACACCACAAUAUGAUCCUAAAUUUGAGAACAAGAUGGAGGAGCUCUCUAGCAUGAUAUGGAGGAAGCCAACAAAACAAUAUAAUGCUACAGGUCAAAAUUCACAGCCUAUGCAACCAAUGAGGCAAUCUACUCCUAUUUCAGGGUCUAAAAAUGAUGGACCAAGUCUAGAAGAGUUAAUGAAGCAAAUGGCAACUAAUAACAUUCAAUUUCAACAACGCACUGAGACAGUAAUCCAAAAAUUGGAGAAUCAAAUUGGGCAGUUGUCCACCUCCGUUAAUGAAUUGAAGAGUCAAGGUUCUGGAAAGUUGCCUUCUCAAACAGUUGUAAAUCCUAAUUGUAGUAAUGUUAGUGCUAUCACUCUUAGAAGUGGAAAGGAGCUUCCAGAGCCCUCCACAACAUCUAUCAAGAAUAAGUCGGCUGCAGCAACACAAGUCACACUUGAGGAGGCUAAUGAAGAAAAGGAACCAAGGAAGAUCCUUCCAUUUCCAAAUAGGGAGACUCAAAGCAAGAAGUUAAAGGAAGCUGAAUUGGAGAAAGAAGUGCUUGAUGUUUUCAAGAAGGUUGAAGUCAAUAUUCCCCUUUUGGAGGCAGUAAAGCAAAUUCCUAAAUAUGCAAAGUUCUUGAAAGACCUAUGCACGAACAAGAGAAGAUUCAAAGCUAACGAGAAGGUCAAUCUAGGAAGAAGUGUAUCAGCUUUAUUUCAUGAAGGAAUGCAGUGCCAACCCCCUAUGCCCUUAAAAUGCAAAGAUCCAGGGAGUUUCACUAUACCCUGUACUAUAGGAAAUUUAGAAUUUUCUAACGCUUUGAUUGAUCUUGGUGCAGCGAUAAAUGUUAUGCCCAAGUCUCUAUUUUCUUCUUUGCAGGGUUGUGAGAUGAAGCCAGCCGGGAUUAUUGUCCAAUUAGCAGACAGGAGACUUGCCUAUCCUAGUGGUAUGCUUGAAGACAUUCUAGUUAAGGUAAAAGAUUUAGUCUUUCCUGCUGAUUUUUAUAUUUUGGAUAUGGGUAAAAAUGAUAGUCAUGGGCCACCACCACUGAUUUUGGGUAGGCCAUUUCUUAAGACAGCUAAUACUAUCAUUAAUGUUAAAGAUAGUACUCUUUCCAUGGAAUUUGCAGGACGUGUUGUUCAAUUUAAUCUUUUAGAGGCUAUGAAACAUCCUAUAGAGGAUCAUUCUGUUAUUAAUGUGAGCAUGCUUGAUAUGUUAAUUGAUGAUACAUAUGAUGAGCUUUACAAUGAGAUGGUUUCUAGUUCUCUUGAGAUUGUUGAUUUAGAUAGCAAUACACAUUGUUCUGACUCUAUUAUUUAUGAAGAUUCUUCUGACUGUUCUGGUUCUGAUGAUAUUGUUGAGUUAUUCAAAUCCAUGCAUGAUAUUGGCAUUGAAACUUCUAGUGACUCUGAUAUGAUUGCUUCUGACUCUGAAAGAACUAUAGACUUUGCUAUCAACUCUAUGUCAUGUAAUUCUAUUAAUAAUGAUAAUUCUAGUAUUCUAGAACAAGAUACUGCUGCUUCUUUUGAUGGAAUGCAGGUUUGUGGAGUUGAUGAGCUAACUAUCGAUAAGCUAGUUCCCUCUAUUCAGCAGCCACCUAUACUUGAAUUGAAAGAUCUACCAGAACAUUUGAAAUAUGCAUUCUUAGAUGAAGGUAAGAAAUUACCGAUUAUUAUAGCAAAGGAUUCUGAUCCUUGCCAAGAGGUAAAAUUGUUAGAGGUACUGAGAAAGCACAAGAAAGCUAUAGGAUGGACACUAGCUGACAUUCCAGGCAUCAGUCCAGAUAUAUGCAUGCAUAGGAUCUUAAUGGAAGACGGUGCAAAGCCAUGUAGGCAACCUCAAAGGAGGCUUAACCCACUUAUCAUUGAUGUGGUCAAAAAGGAGGUAACAAAACUUCUUUCUGCAGGUAUCAUUUACCCUAUUUCUGAUAGCCAGUGGGUGAGUCCAGUACAGGUAGUGCCAAAGAAGAGCGGGAUCACAGUUGUAAAGAAUGAAAAGAACGAGUUGAUUCCUAUGAGAGUGCAAAAUAGCUGGAGGAUGUGCAUCGACUACAGGAAGCUAAAUAAUGCAACCAGGAAGGAUCACUUCCCUUUACCUUUUAUUGAUCAAAUGCUAGAGAAAUUAGCAGGCAAAUCUCACUACUGUUUUCUAGAUGGUUUUUCAGGUUAUUUUCAGAUUUGCAUAGCUCCAGAGGACCAAGAGAAGACAACAUUCACAUGUCCAUUUGGCACAUUUGCUUAUAGGAGGAUGCCAUUUGGAUUAUGCAAUGCCCCAGCCACAUUCCAGAGAUGCAUGAUGAGUAUUUUUGCAGAUUUGCUAGACUAUUGCAUAGAGGUUUUUAUGGAUGAUUUUACUGUAUAUGGAGAUUCAUUUGAUGAGUGUCUAGUAAAUUUAGAUAAAGUACUUGAGCGAUGUAUUGAGAAAAAUCUUGUAUUAAACUUUGAAAAGUGUCAUUUCAUGGUUAGACAAGGUAUUGUAUUGGGUCAUGUUGUUUCUGAGAGGGGGAUAGAAGUUGAUAAGGCUAAGGUAGAUGUGAUUACUUCUUUACCUUAUCCUACUAGUGUUAGAGAGGUCCGUUCUUUCCUUGGACAUGCAGGAUUUUACAGGAGGUUUAUACAGGAUUUUAGCAAGAUAGCCUUACCACUCUCAAGAUUGCUGCAGAAAGAUGUGGAUUUCAAAUUUGAUAAAGCUUGUGAGCAAGCAUUUGAUGAGUUAAAGAAGAGAUUGACCACUCCACCAAUCAUUCAACCGCCAAAUUGGGAUUUACCUUUUGAAUUAUUAUGUGAUGCUUCUAAUUAUGCUCUUGGCGCAGUACUUUCACAAAAAGUUGAUAAGAAAUCACAUGUCAUAGCUUAUGCUUCCAGAACUUUAGAUGCAGCCCAAGCCAAUUAUACUACCACUGAAAAGGAGCUUUUAGCUAUUGUUUUUGCAUUAGAUAAGUUUAGAUCAUAUCUUUUGAAUGCAAAAGUUGUUGUGUUUUCUGAUCAUGCAGCAUUAAAGUAUCUCUUAAGGAAGCCAAAUGCAAAGCCACGAUUAGUCAGAUGGAUGCUCUUGCUACAGGAGUUUAACUUAGAGAUAAAGGAUAAGAGUGGAGCUGAGAAUUUUGUCGCAGACCAUUUGAGUCGCAUUGAAUCUCCUAUGGUUCCUUCUAUUCCUAUUGAUGAUAAUUUUCCUGAUGAAUGCUUAUAUGCUAUGCAUGAUGUUACUCCUUGGUAUGCUGACUUAGUUAAUUACUUAGCUGCCUCUGCAUUGCCUGUGCAUUUAAAGAAACAUCAAUUAGAUAAGUUCAAGAGGGAAGCUAGAUAUUACAUAUGGGAUGAUCCAUACCUUUGGCGCAUAUGUAGUGACCAGAUUAUUAGGAGAUGUAUUCCUGACAUUGAGUUUGAAUCCAUAUUGCAUUUUUGUCACACACUUGCUUGUGGAGGACACUUUGGUCCACAACGCACUGCUAGAAAGGUUCUUGAUUCUGGAUUGUACUGGCCUACUCUAUUUCGUGAUGCAUAUACAUUUUGUAAACAUUGUGCUAGAUGUCAGCAUACAGGAAAUAUCUCCCGUAGAAAUGAGAUGCCUCAACAACCUUUACUUUUCUGUGAAAUAUUUGAUGUAUGGGGUAUUGAUUUCAUGGGACCUUUUCCUGUUUCAUUUGGAUUUGCUUACAUUUUACUAGCUGUGGAUUAUGUUUCUAAGUGGGUGGAAGCUAAAGCCACCAGAACUGAUGACUCUAUUGCUGUUGUAGAUUUUGUUAGAUCACAUAUCUUUUGCAGGUUUGGUAUUCCAAAGGCCAUUAUCAGUGACCAAGGCACCCAUUUUCGUAAUCGGAGCAUGCAGAGUUUAUUGGGUAAGUAUGGGGUCGUGCAUAAGAUGGCUACCCCUUAUCACCCCCAAACUAAUGGGCAAGCUGAAGUCUCGAAUCGAGAGAUAAAGCAGAUUCUUGAAAAAACAGUGCAACCUAAUAGGAAAGACUGGAGUAAGAGACUUGAUGAUGCAUUGUGGGCAUACAGAACUGCCUACAAGACUCCAAUCGGAAUGUCUCCUUAUCGGCUUGUUUUUGGGAAAGCUUGUCACUUACCUGUGGAGAUUGAGCAUAAAGCUUAUUGGGCAGUAAAGCAGUGCAAUAUGGAUUUAACUAAAGCAGGAGCCCAAAGAAAAUAUCAAUUGCAAGAGCUUGAAGAAUUUCGCUUGGAAGCAUAUGAAAAUUCAAGAAUCUACAAGGAAAAGACCAAGUUAAUACAUGAUAAGCUGAUAGUUAGAAAAGAGUUCAAGGUGGGACAAAAAGUGUUACUCUAUAAUGCCAGAUUGAAACUUAUGCCAGGAAAACUUCGUUCUAGAUGGGAAGGUCCUUUUAUAGUUACUAAAGUGUUUUCUUAUGGUGGAGUAGAGAUUAUGGCAGAAUCUACUGGAGCAAAGUUUAAAGUUAACGGGCAUCGGUUAAAGCAUUUUAUGAUGGAUUUGAGACACACAUUGUGGAGGAGUCUUCCCUCCAAGAUAACACUUAAUCGAUCAGGUUGUAUCAUUUCUCUUCACUUUUAA